CCGAGUGAUAAACAUGGAUUUCAGUGAUGUAUAUAACUCUGAUGUCAGAGUGAAGAAAGAACCAGAUGAUGUUUCCCCAAUUAAAAAUGAAGAUUAUAAGAUAAUUGACAAUGCAUGCGAUGCUAAAAACGACGAAUUCUCGAGUUUUUGUCGAGAAAAUUUAAUUUAUGGGCUUCGUGAAAAUGAUGAAAAUUCUGGACCUAAUAACGAUUUGGGAAUAGAAUUCGAAUGUAAGGACGAGAAGCUUGGCAUUAACUUAUUAGUAGUCAAGAAAAUCGAGGACGAUUAUCCAGAUCAAUGGCAGCAUAUGAAAAAUAGUUGCGAUUAUCAGACUCAGAUGAAAAUUAAGGAAGAAAUUGUCGACGAAGUAAAAGAGGAAUUGAAUUUGGAUGGUGAACUCAGUGAUGCAUUUGAUGGAAAUGGAAAAACAUUUGCUCAAAAUAGUCAACGCAAAACCCAAACUGAUAAGGCACGCAAUCGUACCAAAUAUCCAUGUAAUAUAUGCGGUAAAAAAUUUGCACGGAAAGAUUAUCUCAAGGUCCACAUCGAUGCGAUACAUAAUGGUAUGGCACAUACUUGCGAAAUAUGCGGAAAGAAAUUUCAAACGAAGGAUAAACUCAAGAUCCAUAUCGAUGGAGUACAUAAUGGUGUUAAACAUGCGUGUGGUAUAUGUGAAAAGACAUUCACACAAAAAGGAGAUCUCAAGAGGCAUAUCGAGGGACAUAAUGGUGUUAAACAUACGUGUGUUACAUGUGGAAAGACAUUCACACAAAAAGGUUAUCUCAAAAUUCACACCGAUGCGAUGCAUAAUGGUAUGGCACCUACUUGCGAAGUAUGCGGGAAGAAAUUCUUAACUGAAGCUGCACUCAAGACUCACAUCGAUGCACACAAUGGUGUUAAACAUCCAUGUAAUAUGUGUGGUCAAAAAUUUUCACGAAAAGGUAAUCUCAAGGUCCACAUCGAUGGAGUACAUAAUGGUGUUAAGCAUGCUUGUGGUCUAUGUGCAAAGACUUUCACACAAAAAUUUUCUCUCAAGAUUCACAUCGAUGCGAUGCAUAAAGGUGUGGCACAUACUUGCGAAGUGUGCGAAAAUACAUUCACACGAAAGGGUAGUCUUAAAAAACACAUGAAUUUGAUGCAUAAUAAGACCACUUAUUGUAAUAAGUGCGGCAAGACAUUUUCUCAAAAGGAUCGUCUUAUAACUCACAUUAAAACGCAGCACGAAGACAUUGAUCACGCUUGUUUUAUGCGGAAAAAAAUUUAAACAUAGAAAAUAUUUAUUCAGACAAGUCAAAAGUGUGCAUGAAGGCAAUACCCAAGAACGAGAUCAAUACAAAAGAUCUUAAAACGUACCUAUCAAUACCACGCAAAAUGAUGAAACAUCGAGACAAAUAAAUAAAUUAACAUAACAUGAAUUAACAUAUAUUUAUUUAUUAGCAUAUAAUAAAUAAACAUAUCAUAAAUUUUUGCUCAGUAGUGAUACUCAAAACACGAAAUAAUUAUACUAUAUCACAAUCAUGUUACGCUCAGUAUAGUGGUAUUCAAAACACCACAUAUAAUAUACUUGUCUUAAGUACAAUGUUAAAUACCGAUACACAAGUAAGACCGAUCGCAAACAAAAAUUACGUUUUUUCGAAGUGGAGAUGUCGCGAGGUGCAAAACUCAAAAUUGCAUAAAAAGGCAU